AUGGGCAACAACUUCAAGAUCUGGCGCUCGCUGAACGCCGGAGGCGUCUCAGCCGAAGAACACAAGCUCACAGUGGAGGCCAUGCAGUUCUCAGCCGCCAUCACCACAGCCAAACCUCAGGGUCACGUCAACACAAGCCCAAACUCAGCCAAGUACACCAACAACAACAACAACCACCGAUUCAACCCCGGUGGCCAACACCAGAAGAACAGGAGAGGCAGCUGUGGUACAAGCAGUGGGCCCCCGCUUUGGAAUAAGUGCAACGGACAGCAGGAGCCCUCCUCCCUCAGGGAAGGCACCCGCCCAUCAGAUUGCCAGGCGCCGCGCCCAUGA